AUGGAGCUGCGCUGCGCUGCAGGGCCACAAGUCUUUCCAGGGUUCGCCAUGGGUGAGCCCGAUUUCUUUGGCAACGACCCCAGGUGUCCAGGCCACGCUCCCUGGUGCCGGGUCAAAGCUGUGCUCUCCGGCCUGGAUGGCCUCUUGGCAGCCGAGCGCGAGGCGGGCAUCCGGCCGGGCCGAGUGAAACUGGCAACGACUUGGUCGUUCAACAACACGGACUCCAUCGAUGGCAAAUGCAAGAAAUGCCCCGGCUACUUCGGGUUCCAGGACAUGCUGGCAGCCGUGGCCGACCCGUCCAUUGCAAAGUACGUUCCCCAUACUCCUGCGAAAGACCUGUCUGCAGCCUUUGACAAGAGGUGGAUCAACGGCCUCAACGUGCAAGCGCCCUGGGGAAGCUCAGCAUAUGAAGGGAGCAUCAUGAUCAGGGAGCAUCGAAUUUGGUUGUGUUGCAUUCGAAACAUUGCUAGGUAA